AUGCUAAAAUUGGAGAUAAAAAUCACGAUUUGGCAGAUUCACCAGUUUCUCCAGGAGUCCGAAAGGUUACAAGAUCAACUACGUGACCUCUUACCAAACACCUUGUGGACACAAACACAGUGUAAAUUACGCAAUUAUUACGAUUGGAAUUUUACGAAGGUGAAAAACAACAAUAUUCGAAAGUUUAACAAUCUACUCAGUCAAUCGAUUGACAAUAAUACGUCAGUUGGUGGUACGAAGAUCUUUAACUUCAUGGAUGUCAUUCUUUCUGACCCUGUCCGUAGAAUAUUAACUUUGGAUGGUAAUUUUGGGCUAGUUCCACCACCGAAUAAGUCACCGAUUGUAAAUGUCAUCAAAGACUUCGAAGGUUGUUUAUGUAAGGUUAAAAUAGAUGAUUUCAAUAAUGAUGAACUGAAUGAGUUUAGAAAUAAUUUAAGAGCGAGAGGUGUUAACAUAAUCACUAAUUAUUUAAAGAAUCAGCAUAGAAGAAGAUCAACAAGAGUCAAGGAUCCUAAUAUUAAUAGUAAAGACGUUAAAUUGACUAGAGAUUUUUUAAGAGAGAACGACGACUUAAUAGUGACAAGGUCUGAUAAAGGGAAUGCUACUGUAGUGAUGCGGAAACAAGAAUAUUUGGAUGAAAUGAAUACUAUGGUCACAGAUGAGAGCACUUACAUCAAGACAAGAGUGGAUCCCACUUCAAGAUUACAAACGUCGGCGAAUGCGUUAAUUAAAAACUUGAAGAUAAAAACUUUAUUGAUGAGAUUAAAGGUAAACAAAUGA